GCUUGUCGGAGCUCUCUUGGAACCACCCCUCAUCCUACUGCCCUUGCUCUCCCAGCUGGAUGUUCCUGCAAAUGGGGGAGACAAGCCAAUAACGCCAACAAGAAAGAAGGUUACUGAGGACAGUAUUUGGAGAAGGUUCUUGAGGGGAUGUCAGAAAUGAGUUUUUCCCUGAACUUCACGUUGCCAGCGAACACAACUUCCUCCCCAGUUGUCCCAGGUGGGAAAGAAGCAGACUGCGGCCCGUCUCUUGGAUUAGCAGCGGGCAUCCCAUCCCUGGUGGCCACAGUCCUGCUGGUGGCUUUUCUCUGCACCUUGAUUCACCGAAGAAGAAGAAGCAGUGAGUCCACCGAGGAAAGUGAGAGGCCAUGUGAGAUUUCAGACGUCUUUGACAAUCCCAAGAUAUCUGAGAAUCCUAGGAGGUCACCCACACACGAGAGUACAAUGGGGACAGAAGAAGCACACGUUUACGUGAAGACUGUAGCAGGAAGUGAGGAACCUGUGCGUGACAUUUAUCGCCCUACUGUGGAAGUGGAGAGAAGGCGUGGCUUGUGGUGGCUGAUGCCCCGACUGAGCCUGGAAUGACACUGCCCAGUCAAAGCGUGGCCCUGGAGAUGGAACAGAGCUGAAAAGCCAGGGAAAUGUGCCUGGAAUGAGGAGAGAUGCCAAGUUACUUUUUACUUGAUGGUGGUGAUGGUUCCACAGAAUAUAAUGUGUCAAAACUUAUAAAAUUGCACACCAUAAAUAUGUGCGGUUUAUUAUUUGUCAAUUAUACCUCAAUAAAGCUGUUUAAAAAAAUAACAUCCAAGACACAAAGAGCCAUAA